CAAGCGCUGUGUGUCCCCAUAGUCAGGCGAGAGGUGAGGACGCGCUGGAACCCGCAGACAACGGCUGUGUUUCUACCCUGUGUGUGUGUAUGGAUAGAUAGAUAGAUAGAAAGAGAAAUAGCCUGCCAAUAAGAAAAUCCUACUAGGUGGAAACUCUGAAAGAGUUAUGCUUAUUGCAUGCGAAGUGCGGGUGAUGUGCUCCGAGGAAGAAACAGCUCGGCCUGGUCUGCGCCUGCUCCAGGCGCCUUCCUUCUGAGUCCCGGCUGAAGCCGAGCUAGGAGGAGGCGGCGCUUCGCCUGCGGCCGCCGCUUCUUUCUCGGCGUCCCUUGGCUGCAGCUGCGUUUCCUUCUCUGGCAGCGGCCUGGGGCAGACGGCUGAUCUGUCGGAGUUUUCUCGGUCUUCUGAGGACCCGCGAGUCGGCUCCUCAGCGGCGGCCCAUCAUGGGCGACAGAGACCGGGUGGAGAUAGAUGGCGGCGUUAUGGAAGGGGGUGGCCAGAUCCUACGUGUUUCCACAGCUCUGAGCUGCCUCUUCAGUACACCUUUGCAUGUAAAAAAUAUCCGAGCUGGCAGGAGUCAGCCCGGCCUUAGGCCACAGCACCUGUCAGGACUGGAAAUGGUUCGCAGCUUGUGUGAUGGGCAGAUGGAAGGUGGAGAAAUCGGAUCAACAGAAAUCACUUUCACACCUGGGAAGAUCAAGGGUGGAACCCACGUAGCAGACACCAAAACAGCAGGGAGUGUGUGCCUGCUGAUGCAAGUAGCAAUGCCAUGUGUGCUCUUUGCGGCCUCUCCUUCAGAACUCCAUUUAAAAGGUGGCACCAAUGCAGAGAUGGCCCCCCAGAUUGACUAUACCCUGAUGGUCUUCAAACCAGUUGUUGAGAAGUUCAGUUUGACAUUGGAUUGCGAUAUAAAAAGGAGGGGUUACUAUCCCAAGGGCGGUGGCGAAGUGAUAGUCCGAAUGUCGCCCGUUAAACAGUUAAGCCCAAUCAACUUAACUGACCGUGGCACUGUGACCAAGAUACAUGGGAGAGCGUUUGUAGCUGGAGCUUUGCCAGUCAAAUUAGCCAAAGACAUGGCAUCGGCAGCAGUGAGGUGCAUCAGAAAGGAGAUUCGGGAUCUUUAUGUCAACAUCCAGCCUGUUCGAGAACCUGAUAAUGAGGCCUUUGGAACUGGAAGUGGAAUAAUAAUUGUUGCAGAGACUUCCACAGGCUGUUUGUUAGCAGGAUCAUCGCUUGGUAAAAGAGGUAAAAAUGCUGACAAAGUUGGAAUCGAAGCGGCUGAGAUGUUGCUUGGAAAUCUUCGACAUGGUGGAGCUGUGGAUGAUUAUCUGCAAGACCAACUGAUCAUUUUCAUGGCUUUAGCAAAUGGGAUCUCUAAAGUGAAAACUGGACCGAUUACUCUGCAUACAGAAACUGCUAUAUAUUUUGCAGAACAGCUGACAAAGGCUAAAUUUACUGUAACAAAAUCACAGGAUGACGAUUCUCCCAAGGAUACCUACCUUAUCGAGUGCCAAGGAAUUGGAUUGCUGAACACCAAUUUGUAGCUGCUGUUGUUUGUUGGGAGAUUUUUUGUUUUUAUUUUUGGUUUGGGCUUUGUUUUUGUUUUUUAUUACUUCAGUGAUGAAUUGCACUACAUUUCACUGACAACUUUGGGGAUGGGGAAGUGUGAUUAGUAAUUGGUUUGAAUUCAUUCCAGUGAAGGAUAGCCAUUUUGGGCUGCAUGGAUAAUAGUUUUUGGCUUGUAAUAAAACACAGCAGGGCAGUCGUUCAGUACAGAGAACAGCAGAGCAGAAAAAUGAUUGCUUCAUCUUUUAAAAAUGGACUUCUGUGAUACAUUCAUUGUUCCCCGUUUCAUGAGCUCAUGAAAUCCUUUACAUACAGCACAGAUAUGCAUAAAGCAACCUUAUUCAGCAGCUACUUUUCACUAUAAAGUUUUUUUUCUGUAACCAUUUCUUGAAUAACCAUUUCUUCAGGCUAAAAAUAAAGCAAUCUCAACAGAUAAA